CCGAGACAACAAUACCUGUCCUUUCCCGUGUGCGCUGCAUAUCAAUUCACACCUCACUCGCUUCUUCAUUUCCGCAAACAAACAUGGUCGUCCUCGCCGCUUCGAUCUGCACACGCGGCGGCAAGCCUCUGUUGUCCCGCCAAUUUAGAGAGAUCCAAAAGUCCAGAGUCGAAGCCCUCCUAGCAUCCUUUCCUAAACUCGCAGAUACCUCAACACAACACACCACGGUUGAGCAAGAGAAUGUCCGCUUCGUGUACCAACCGCUCGAUGAGCUCUACCUGGUCCUCAUCACAAACAAGCAGUCUAAUAUCCUUCAAGAUAUUGACAGCCUACACCUGUUCGGCCAAGUGGUCACUUCGAUAUGUAAGAAACCCGACGAGCGCGAGAUCCUGCGGAAUGCCUUCGAACUGCUGAGCGCUUUUGACGAACUGGUCACGAUGGGCUACCGAGAAAACCUUUCUCUCAAUCAGAUUAAGACCUUCCUCGAGAUGGAGUCGCAUGAAGAACGAAUUCAAGAGAUCAUCGCUCGAAAUAAAGAGUUGGAAGCCUCUGAAGAGCGGAAACGCAAAGCUAAACAACUCGAGAUGCAAAGAAAAGAAGCUGCUCGGUCGGCUGCUUACGGAAGGGGCGUUGCGCCUAGGAUGCCUCAACAACCUACCUACACUCCCCCAGUGCGGCCAGAGUCGUCAUACGACUCAUAUGAGGCAGAGAAGAACAAGGUGUCCAGCAAGUUCACGGCUGCACGACCCACAAAGGGCAUGCAGCUGGGCAAGAAAUCAAAGACAUCCAACGCUUUUGCCAAAGUUCAACGGGAAAUGGGAGAACCGGAGCCUACGGCCGCCCAAAUCGAAGCAGAACUUCCUGAUCGCACCGUCCCAUCCGCCGCAACUCACGAUCACGCUCCAUCUCAUGCAAAUCCCAUUACCGUGUCCGUGACCGAGACACUCUCAGCGAAACUUUCGCGCGAAGGCGCUUUGAAAUCGUUCGAGGUCAAAGGUGAUUUACAGUUAAAGAUUGCGGACCCGGCUCUCACAAAACUGGCUUUAUCAGUGCAGGCCCAAGAAGGACCCUUAAAAGCUCAAUUCCGAACACACCCCAACGUGGAUAAGAAUUUGUUCACUUCGCAGAAGGUCAUCCAGCUCAAGGACACAACCAAACGCUUCCCCACAAACAACAGCAUUGGUGUUCUACGCUGGCGCGCCACAGCCGCAGCAGACACGCCUGAUAUCCUCCCCAUCACAUUCACUGCAUGGGUCAACAAGGCUGAGGACAGCUAUACCAUCACGAUCGAAUAUGAGCUUACCAACAUGGAAAACACUCUCCGCGACGUGACUGUGACAAUACCCUACUCGUCAGCCGAGCCUGCUGUCUCAUCUUUCGACGCCAUCUACCAAGUCACAGGAGAUAGCUUGGAGUGGACGAUUGGCACGAUUGACGCAGAGAACGCUAAUGGCAGUUUCGAAUUCGAUGCCCAGGCCGAUGAUGAUGCCGAGUUCUUCCCUAUGUCUGUGGCCUUCGAGAUGACGCGGCCGUUCAUCGAGGUUGACGUACUUGGUGCUCGCCUGCUGGAGAUGGAUGAGGAGGUCGACUAUGAGAAGAUUAUCAAGGCCAAUGCGGAAGGAUUUGUGAUUGAGUAGAUACGGUGGUCGGGGUUGCCGGAUCAAGUCCUCUUCAUCUUGACAGUGUGGUGUUCAUUUUUAGACGAAGAGGUUCUGGAAUCAAUAUGACAUGGUAUGACUUCUCUUUCCCAAUUUCAUGUGCUAGGCCGUGUUGCUCGUGCGCGACAAUCAAGGAGCGUCAAAUUCAAUAGUCACAUAGCCAAGGGAAGGCCACGGUCAUGAAUACGAGGGAAUGAUAUUAUCCGAGAUUCAUGCAU